AUGGCGACAAGGAAAGAUAUGCGACGGGCUGAUCUCAUCAUCCCCUACCAAGUUCCAGCUGCGAAAGAAUCUCCCAGCGAUUUCGGUGGUACCUUAGGCAGCACUCUGCCAAUGGCAGCAAUGUUCACUCGUAACAAGCUCAUCGGAUGGGCUUCCGUUCUUUUUGCAGUUCAGAAUUGGUUAGGUGAAUCUUCAGAGACGAAGAAGGCUUCCUCCCAACCCGCAUAUUUAUCGGUGGGAAUGUCAUUGAUGGCUCUUGUUAUUGUAAGUUGA